AUGGUCGAGGACUUUAAGAGCCUUGAAACUGGAGUUCGGCCCAGAGGUCUUCUUAUGAGAAAUAAUACUCACUCGGAUCUGAUUAAGUUCAAAGAAGCUAAGCAUGAAUUGCAAAAAAUAUUCGCUGAAAUCGAAACCUAUAUUCAUGAAUGCCAACAGUUUUUUAAAGAAAAGCUAUCAGAGGAUACGGGUAAGCGGCUUUCACCAGCGUUUGGGAAUACUGGAGCCGACAUCGUUUCGUUUAUCGACAAAGUCAAGCAAAUACAGGGCAUCAUUUCUCGCAAUCAGAUGAAAUGUGCUUUUUUCGGCAGAACAUCUAACGGCAAGAGCACAGUCAUAAAUGCAAUGUUGGGCUCCCGAAUCCUACCUUCUGGUAUUGGGCAUACCACUAGUUGCUUCGUACAAGUACAGGGGACCAGUGAGAGCCAGGGUUUUCUUCAACAAGAAUCUGUUUCCGACUCCACCUCAAACUCUGAAGCACAGUCUCUUUCAGAGCCACAGUCUAUUGAAUCUGUUAGCCAGUUAGCCCACUCAUUGAGUUCAGCAAAACUGGCUACUGACUCGCUAAUAUACAUCUAUUGGCCAAGUUCGAGUUGUCAUCUCCUUCGUGAGGAUGUGGUCCUCCUAGAUAGUCCGGGAGUGAACGUUGACCCUGACAUGGACUCUUGGAUCGACCGACACUGUUUAGACGCCGACGUCUUUAUCCUCGUCGCAAACGCAGAGUCUACGUUGAUGCAGGCAGAAAAGGACUUCUUCUAUCGUGUCAGCAGUCGGAUCUCCAAACCGAAUAUCUUUAUUCUAAACAAUAGGUGGGACGCCUCGGCAGGUGAAGCUGAACUAGCAGAUCAGGUAAAAGAACAGCAUAUGCAACGAUGUGUCUCCUUCCUGACCGACGAGUUAAAGGUGUGUAGUGUAGAGGAGGCAAUGGAACGGAUCUUCUUUGUAUCCGCUCGAGAGGUCCUCACGAUUCGGUCAAAGUCGGUAAACGGUGAGACCCCGCCUGGCUCAGCUCCCAACAUCGGCUCCCCAUCUGCUCGUGGCUAUCCGCUUGCGGAAGGCUGGCAAGCCCGACUGAUGGAAUUCUCGAUGUUCGAGAAGGUUUUCGAGAAAAUUUUGUCGGAGUCGGCAACGCGAACAAAAUUUGCCUCCCAUACUGAGCAGGGCAAAGAAAUGGCCGCAUAUUUUCGCAAACUCAUGGAAACAACAUACGAGGCCGGUUUGGAGGAAAAGGACGCGGCCAUCCGUUAUCGUCGAUUGUCCCAGGCUCGUCUGGAGGAGCUUCGCACUAAGCUGCAGAAGGCGACACAAACUAUCGACGACCUCAUCUCCAAAUCCCUGCUUGAUGUGGAGGGUCAGGUUGCGAACGCCUUGUGCAACGAGAUCAGGCGUCUCGGGGAGCUAGUGGACAGCUUCGGCGGACACACCUUUUCUCCGGAUAAUGAGGCGGCCUUGAAAGCGUACAAAAUCGAGUUGAAUUCUUUCAUUGAACGCGAACUGGGCAAGAAACUCGCUGACGCCUGUGCCGGCGACAUACAUUCCCAAGUUGUUCGCGCUGAGCAGAUCAUGGCUGGUAUCUAUAGCUCCAUGUUGACUGAAGAGGCUGCUAAGAACAGGAUAAUGCAUAGCGUAUUGUCGAGUUCCUUCGAACCAGAGUUCCAUGUCGAUUGUCGGAACAUAUGCGCCGAAUUUCGGGAGAAUCUGAAAUUCCGCUUCAGUCUCGGCCUUUCCUCCCUGGCUGAACGCAUUCUUCACCACCAGCGCUAUUCCUCAGGCUCACUGUGGGCUGGUGGUUAUGUGAGUCACAAAUUAUGA